AUGCAGUGCGUGUUUGUUUCAGUGGGCGGAGCUUCACUGUCACACUAAAUAUUCAAAAUGGCGGACAGUGGAUCAACGACUCAAGAUGAGCGCUCGACUGCAGUAGAAUUAAGUAGAAACACGAUGGAGGAAGGCACACAUGAAGUUCAAGAUCAAGCAAACGUCGUGACCAUUCAGAAAUCAAACGCUCAAGCAACGCUCAGUAAUGUCCAGGCUCAAGCAUUACUUCAACAGUUGAGUGUGAAUCCUGCGCAGUUGCAGCUCCUCGCCGCAGCCAUGCAGCAGUCUGCAGGUCAGCAGAGCAGCACCACUGGAGCAAAUAUCUCCGCCUCCGCAGCCACGCCCAUCACACUGUCUCAACCAAUCCAGUUCGCCCCUUCGCAGGGUUUGAAUCUGCAGCAGUUCGUGUUUGUUCAGCCCGGUCACUCCCUCACACCACAGAUUCAGCCGCAGUUUAUCAUCUCAUCAUCAGCUCAGGGACAGAGUGGUCUCCUGCAAACUCACAAUCUUCUGACUCCACUACCUCAAAGUCAAGUGAACCUCCAGCCGUCUCAGAGCAUCAUCACACAGGCAGCGACACCUACACCGACAAGAAAAAUCGCAGCCUUGCCUGUCCCGCAGGCGGUCACGGCCACACUCAGUGACGCCACGUAUGCGGAAGAAGCCAGUGAUCUGGAGGAACUCGAACAGUUCGCAAAGAAUUUCAAACAGAGACGUAUAAAGCUGGGUUUCACUCAGGGUGACGUGGGCUCGGCGAUGGGGAAACUCCACGGGAAUGACUUCAGUCAAACCACUAUCUCCAGAUUCGAGGCGUUAAACUUGAGUUUUAAGAACAUGUGUAAACUCAAACCUCUGCUGGAGAAAUGGCUGAACGACGCAGAGAACAUGACGAGCGACUGCGCGGUGUCGAGUCCGAGCGAGAUGUCUCCAGGUCUGUGCGACAGUCGACGGAGAAAGAAACGGACCAGCAUCGAGACCAGCAUCCGUCUGCUGCUAGAGAGGAGUUUUCUGGAGCAGAGUCAGAAGCCGUCAUCAGAGGAGGUCACACUGAUCGCAGAUCAGCUCAACAUGGAGAAGGAGGUGGUGCGCGUUUGGUUCUGUAACCGCAGACAGAAACAGAAGAGAAUCAAUCCGCCCAGCAUCUGCUCACCCUGCACGCCCAUCAAACCCAUCUACAACACGUCCACACCAGCGGUGUCCAGCGCUUCAAACACACUGACGGUAAAUCCGGUGGUUUCUCUGAACACCGGCAGCAUCCCAAACCUCACAUUCACUGGUGCUGCUCUGGGUCACAUGACCUCUAAUACUGCGUCCGUCAUCUCCAUGACACCUGCUGUAGCAACAACCGCCUCCUCUGUGACAUCACCGUCACUGACCCCGUCCGCUACGGCCGGCGCUCAGGUUUCCACAGCCACGACCAUGACGCCGGGGACAGGUCAGCUGGUGAUGACGAGCACGGGGCUUGGCGGUUUAAACCAGGCGUUCAUCACCCCCUCCCAACUGACACAAGGUGGAGCUCUGUUUAGUUUUGCUCCUGGUUUCGGCAGCACUCUGAAUCCAGCGCUGAUGAACAAUAACACACUGGCCACUAUUCAGGCUCUCACGUCUGGAGGCGCGUUUCCCUUCACCUCCUUCGAUGGAAACACCGGCCUGCUGUUCGCCAACACCAGCGCAGGUAACGGUCAGCCCAGCCUGAUGACCACGCCCUUCUUCCUCAACCCGUCCGGCCUCUCGCUGCUGCCCACCAAUCUGCUGUCAGGAGGCGGCGCUCUCAACCUACAGGUGGCCAGUGACGUGCAGAGUUCUGUUGCUACGACGACAUCGCUGGCUAAAAGCAUCGCUGUGGCCUCAAAGGUCCUGUAAGCGCUUCGGACGUAGACUCGAUUUAAUCCUGUUGCUAUAACCAAAAACACUCUGACGUAUGUCGUUCUUCCAGCGCGUCUGUUGAGCUCCGUCACACUGUGCAAAACCUUUAAGGAUGAACUUGAAUUCCUUAACUAAUGUCUAAAUGAACCAAAAAUGUAUGAGAGGAAGUUUAUCUGAGAUUAUUGCACUUCCUGUCAUGUCGUCUGUUGCUUUUAUCGAAGGUUGAGUUCAAAGUACCAAAUGCAUUUUUCUGAUAUUUGCGAUAUUUGCAUUUGACGGACGUGUUUUUCCCCACAGAGUUUUUUUAAACGUAUACUUUCACUUUAUAAAUGCGGUUCGACGGCUUUAAAAACGAGUGAUGUUUAAUGACAGCGAGCGUUUGUUGUCUGUCAAACUUCGUCUCAACAUUGAUUCCGUUAGAUGUUUUCAGACACAUUAAACCACUCGAUCAUCUGUGUAUAUCAUACAAAGUACCGGAUGACAUUUGCUUUUUAUUUUUCCUUAAGUCACUUUUUAAAGAAAUGAUUUGGUCUGACAGAUUUCAUCAGCGUGUGCUUGCUCAACAGGACAUGUUGAUGUUUGUGACUCCGCCAACUCCAUGAUGCGCAUGGCCGUUAGGACACACUGUCAAACACUACACGAGUCCACUUUUUUUACGAAACUCAACUGGCUAACAUCAUUCUAGCGUUUAAUGUCAUGUGAUCACGUUUUGUGUAAAUUCAGCUUGUUUAUUUUUUCAGAUGUGGUGGACAUUUUUUGCGUUGUUGUUUAUUACAAUGGAAUGUUUUUGCAAACAACUUUCAUCAUCGCCGUGUUUUGUCGAUGACGCCUGUGGUUUUAUUUUCACAAGUUACUGUUCAUCUAAACUUCGCAGUUUCAUCUUUAGUUUUCUUUUAGAUUGAUCAGACAGACCAAAAAAAUAUCGUCCAGACUUGCGGCGUGUUCACACGCUUUGAGCUCCAAAGAUUUUUCAGAUUGAGAGCUGUUGUCCAGACGGGCAACAUCAACAAAAAAGCUUCAACCAAAGUGAGUUUGAAACGUAUGUGUGAUGCGUGCGUGCGUGUGUGUGUCUCCAGCACUGAUGUUUGUUGCUGCUUUGUGUGACACAAGCGAUGUUUAAUGAAUAAAAGUUUUGAGUUGAAUCCUCCUGAUGUCUUCUCAGAGUUAAUGUUACUGUGUUUUUCAUCAUUAAUAUAUUCAUCAUCUUAAUCGAGAUCAUUCAUUUGUUUUGUUAUGUGUGUGUUGAAAAUCUAAGUUUGACACAAAACAACAGACACGUCAAAUCAUUUCAAAUCUCUUUAGUGAAUAUUUGUGUUGUUCAUCUAAAAUCAUUUCUGAUGUGUGUGUUUGUCAAUGAAAAUGAAAAAAUAAACCAAAGAAAUGAGCGUCAGGAGUCAGCACCCCUGAGACGGAUGCAUGAUUUACACAAACACAUACGGUUUUGAUGUCAAUACCGGGACUAUAUGUAAAUAUAUAAAAUAACUAUUUUAUUUAGAAAAAAUUAUGGACACAAACCAAAGGUUCUUCACGCCUGCCUUUAAUAAUUUUCUUGUUUUCAAUCAUAAUUGUUCAACUUUGUGAUCUAUCUAGUGAUUGUUCUUACUGCAUGUGGUGGAAUAUGAAGCCACAAAUAUUUGCGUUUAUUAUGUGAAAUAAUACAGAAUGUUUUUUUUUAAUAGAAACUAACAGAAGGGCUGUACUGUAUGUUCACUAACGUUAUCUGACUUAUUUCAGUUUUUUUUGCUUUUAAAAGCAUUUGUUGACUCGAUCUUACACAGAUUCAUGUUUGUUUGCUGUAUUUAAUUAUUACAUAAGUUUGUUGUGUUAUAAACCCGUUUCAUUAAAUGCUUGUUUUCUCAGA